AUGAGAGGACAGCUCAUAGCGUGUGGCCACAAGUUCGCGUCCUUAAUGGGCAUCCACCACCAACAGUAUGAGGGCAAGGCGUUCUACAUCGACGACGAGGGUGACAUUAUCCGCCGACACGUCAAGGACCAGGCCAACGGUUUGACGGUCGGAGGGAUACAGGCCUAG